AUGAACACCAAACCAGAAGAGCAGUGGGCAGGAGAAGAAAAGAAUAGUAUUCGUUUGGAUAGGCUGGACACGUGUUUCGUCCCUAUUGGGAACUCAUCAGCAGCCCGAAUACCUAUCAGAAUAGUUAUCGCAAUUUCUUAUAAAGCCCGCACAAAUCAACUCCUUAUUUCGUGUGAUACGUUGAAUACACCUUUCUCUGUGGCAACAUGGAACGCUAGAACAUGGUACCUGACUGGAAAAUUUGAGAACGUAAAACAAGAAAUGAAAAGAAUGAAUCUCAGCAUUCUAGGAAACACGUGGAAAAAAUCUGAUGUAAUAACUUUUGAAGAAGGCAAACUUAUCUAUCUACUCUGGAGCCUAGCUGUUAUUCAAGUUUAUGCGCCAAUGAUUGAAAGCAGUGAAGAAGACCUUAAUGCUUUUUACAGUAAUCUUAAUGAUGCUUUAAAAACAUGUAAAUCUCAAGAAGUUGUUAUUAUGAUAGGUGACCUGAAUGCAAAAGUUGGCUCAGAAAAAAUACGUGGCGUGGUUGGUCCUCAUGGAAUAGGUGAAAGAAAUUAG